UCCGUGGCGUGUGGGCGGUGCGAGGGUCCACGGCGCGGGCGCAGACGGGAGCGGGGAGGCGGCGUGAGCCCAGGGUUCCCUGCGGGGCCGCGGCGGGCGGCGGCGCGAACGGGCGGUGAGCCAUCGUGAACGGUCAUCAAAAAAUGGAUCCUCUGGGCAGUCUCCUUCCUCCUGUGGCUGGAAACAGCGAUGUGGCCAAUUCAGAAGAAUUACAAAAACUUCUGAUAGAUGAAAAAAGGCGCUGUGAGCACCAUAAAGCAAAUUAUCAAACUAUAAAGGCAGAACAUAUGAGGUUACAGGAAGAGUACACAAAAUCACAAGAUGAACUGAAGCAGUUGCUGGUUGAAAAGCAGACUGUGCACGACAAAUUCCAGCUUCUUCUUGCAGAAUACAGAGAGGAGUUGCUGGGCAAAACACAAGAGCUGGAAAAACUGAAGAUGCAGGUGCUGACUCCUCAAAAAUUAGAGCUGAUAAAAGCACAAAUACAACAGGAAUUGGAAUCUCCAAUGGCAGAACGUUAUCGGAAACUAGAAAAUGAAAUGGAAAAAUACAGAACAGAAUAUAACAAGCUUCGUUACGAACAUACUUUCCUGAAAUCAGAAUUCGAGCAUCAAAGAGAAGAACAUGAACAUGCUUUAGAGGAGGAGAAAAUAAAACAUGAGGCAGAGAUUGCAAGGCUGGAGAAAGAUAAAGAAGAACUCCAUAAUCGGCUGGUUAGCAUUGAUCCCACAAGGGACAGUAAACGUGUGGAGAUCCUCUCCAGAGAAAAAGCACAACUCCAUCAGAAAUUAAAAGGCUUAGAGGCAGAAGUAGCAGAACUAAGAGCGGAAAGAGACAAUUGUGGUGUACAAGCAGAAAAUGUUCAGAGGGUGCAAGUACGGCAGUUAGCUGAGCUGCAGAGCCUGACAAGGUCUUUAGAGGCAGAAAAGAAAUCAGCUGAACAACAUGUUGGUCGGAUUGAGGAAGAACUGAAGGUGUGUCGUGAGCAGAACUUUCUUUUAACUAGUAAACUUCACAAAUCUGAACAAGAAGUCAAUUCCUUGGCUGCUAAAGUAGAAGAACUUAAACAGUCACACAAAUUAGAAGUAACAAAUGUCAAGCUGGAGGCAGCAAGAACUAAGAACGAAGUAGAAAGAGAGAGAAACAAGAUUCAAAGUGAAAUGGAUGGAUUGCUGUCAGACAAAGAAGUUCUUAAGGAAGCAGUUGAGCGUCAUAAAGUGCUUUUAGUAGAAAAGGAUCAAGAGCUGGUUCGUAAAGUGCAAGCUGCCAAAGAGGAAGUUUUUGGAAAAAUUGCAGCCUUACAGGAUGAAAAGUUGGAUCUUGAGAGCAGAUUAGCUCAUCUGGAAAAGGUAAAGUUGGAACAGGAUGCCUGGAGACAAACUGAAAAGGAUCAGUAUGAAGAGAAGCUACGUGUUGUACAGCUGGCAGAAGAAUCGAGCAGAAGGGAGCUUGAGUGUCUGCGAUUAAAAAUUCAACAGCAAGCUAUUCAGACAGAGGAGCUCGAAGAAAAGAAACGUGAAAGAGAUGAGCUAAAACAGCAAAUUCAAGACAUGCAACUCCAAGUCGCUUCACUUUCUCAAUCAGAAAAUGAUUUGCUGGAAUAUAAUCAGAAGUUGAAGGAAACAGUAGAAAGAUUGAGACAAGAAUGUCAAAAUGCAAGAACUCAAGCAGAAAAAGCCCAGCUGGAAACAGAGAAGAAUUUAGAAUACAGGCGCAUAGAGUGGCUGGAGGAGAAGCAUCUGCUUACUCAGCGCAUCUCAGAGAAGGAAGAGAAAUACAAUGAGGUGAAGAACAAGCUGUGUCGAGCUGCAGUUGCUCAAAAAAAGAGAAAGACUCUCAAUGAUAAUAAACAAAGGAGGAUGCAAGAGAAACUACAGCUUUUGGAAGCCAAGAUAGAAGAACUAGAAAAAGAAAACCAGGUGUUAAAUAGGCAGAAUGUUUCCUAUGAAGAAUAUGCUCGUCUCCAGAAGAGACUGAAGGACUUGCAGCGUAGACACAAUGAAUUCCGGAGUCUGAUUUUGAAUCCUGGCAUCCCAUCCCUGAACCCAGUCAGUGUAACAUCAGCGUCUGUCCCGCCUCCUGGGCCUGACCUGUCCUUCCUCCUCCUCCAGGAGGAACAGCAUCAGAGAGAGCUCUCCCUGCUUCGCAAGCGGCUGGAAGAUCUUGAAACCACACAGAGAAAGCAGCUGCAGGAGCUUGGGCCGGCUGGGGAGCGGCUCACAGUGGGAGCACGCAGGGAGCUGGCAUCCAGCAGGGGAGCAGAGGGAGCUGCUGUGCAGAGCGAGGACUCCACAUAAAGUGUGUGAACUGUAGGUGCUGUUUUCAGUCGCUUCUGGAUUUGUGCUCUUGAUAUCCUCCAAAGCACGGCUGUGUGUGCUGAGAUGCAGGUUUUGUGUUUAUUUUUGAUAGGCUGCCAUCCGUUAGCAAAUGGAAUGGUCUCUGUGAAAUAAUUACCACUGCAUUUUGAAAAUGUCUUUAUAGAAACAAUAUACAAAUAGUUGGAAAUUGGGACAUGAAAUAAACUACAUUUUUGAUAGGACUCCCUUUGCCCACUGUUGGGCUUUGCCAGAGCGGAGCUCUGCGGAGUCAAGGUUUGGAUUGGAAACCAGCUGCUGGAAUCCACGCCUGGAGUGGUGCUCUGAAGUUCCCACCUGGACAGAUGGGGUGAAAUGGGUGCUCCUGCCUUUGCUCUUGUCAAUGUGCCUCUUGGUUUUGUAAUGGGAAGAAGCAGUGAUCAGAUUUUUUUUAAAGUAAUGUUGUAGAGAUGAAGUACAACAGAUUGCCUUCAUGUGAUGAAAGGAUAAGUUUGUAUUUGUUGCCACAAUAAAAUCUAUUUAUUUAAG